AUGGACCCAGAGCAACCUGAGGAAGGUCUAUUGAAGCCUCUCACAACAAGAGGCCAUGAGGCUGCAGCGUACCUGACAUACAUCGUUAACUACUACCAUGACCUACCAGAAUUUUCCAUCUUCAUUCAUGGUGCGGAAGAGCAAUGGCAUAAUGAUCUUUUUGGGUUGAAGACAAUUGAUCACCUCCGCAGGAUACGGUUUGAGGCUGUUCAGGUGGAAGGAUUUGUCAAUCUACGCUGCAAAACAGCGCCUCUUUGUCCAGACACGUGGCAUCCGUUGAAUCCGCAGCCAAACGAUAUCGAGUAUGCAUAUCUCUACGAUCUGUUUCCCAACAUAUAUAUGGAGCUGUUUAACGUCACUGCGGCGCAGCUUCCUCCGCGUAUCGGGCAUAUUUGCUGCGCUCAGUUUAUUGUCAGUCGAGAAAUGAUACGACGGCGGCCUCUGGACGAUUAUAAACGAAUCCUUCAAUGGAUAGCGCAGACAGAAGUCACGGAUAAUUAUGGGAUAGGCCUUGUGAUGGAGAAACUGUGGCAUAUCAUAUUUGGGAAAGAUCCGGUGCAGUACGUCAUGGACCUUCAGCUAUGGCCGAAAGCUAACACUGAAUCCCCAGCUGCCCCCGUGUAG